UUAUUGUAUCCAAAUUUUGCAGAUACAGUAGUUGUUCGUGCGACAAAUGGAGGCAGCGAAACCAGACUCUAGUGAAAACGAGGCCUUCCUGAAUAAUGUUUCAAAUCAGUUGCGUACCGCAAUGCCUGCUGAAGCGAGACAACUUAUUUCAACUCUGACGACGCUUGCCGACAAAUUGAAGCAAGAGGUGUGCGACAGUUCGUCCCCUAAUUCUCCGGAAAGUUCGAAACAAUCGACGAGCAAUCCCUUGAAAAGGUCGACACCUGACGAUGAUAAAACGGACGGGGAUGCGAAUGAGGUUAAAAAGUCGCGGGAUUCUGAGCCGCUAGAAGAUGCCAAAACAGAUGAACCUGAUAGCCUAUUUAUGCCGCCCGGGGCACGAAGGAAAUGGUGGAAUUGGGCUUGCACCGAAGGCCUUCUUACACGGUGCCACAAGGCAGGAAUCAAAGGAACAAAAUCCGUGUGGGUCAAUCGUCAACAGUCUGUUGCUUUAGACGUGUUCUACGAUUUCAACAUCGCCUCCGAAUGGAUUCGUCGCAAUGAUGGAACUGGUCUACCACUGUCAAUGAUGCGUGGUCCCAAUCCAGAUAAAGCUCCAAAGUCUGUCCUCCUCGAUGAAGACCCUCUACAAGUUACGCGAAUGCCGAAGGACUCUGACGUUAAGCUUUCUCCGCAUGGAGCAAAGCCCAACCCACAUUUGGAAUUCGGGAAUCCGCCUCCGCAGUUACAAGAUCUCUUGGCUUUCGAGGCAUGGGCUGAACGAUCGCCUGAUCUGAAAGCAUUUGAGUCUCUGUCUCUACAAAUGGAGAGUCUUGUGUCCAUUCAAGCUAUGGCCGUAGCAGAGCUGCUGAAACAUACGCAAGAGGUGGGGAAGAAGUCAUCGGAAAUCGGCAAGGCCUUGUCUGGAAUUAGCCGUCGUAUUCACGAAGUUCAAACCCUCAACGAUCUUAUGGUGAACAGAGUUGAGGUGAACGCGUAUUCUAUCUACAAGGCCUCGAAAUGCCUUUACUUGGAAGCCGCGGGUGUUCCUGUUAGAGACUGGGGAAUGUUCCUCAAUCGGAAAUGGCAGACACGGGAUUUGUUUCCUCCUUCAUGUCGCAUGUGCAUGGGGAUCGGGAAGUUCUUGACUGGUCACCGGGGGUUGAGAAGCGCGAGUGGAAUGCAGUGA